CAUUAUCUUGGUUGAAGUAUUUCAUAAUGCUUGAUGUUGAGAGAUGCAAUCACAGAAAAUGCCCACAAAUAGUUGUCUAUCAAAUGAAGAGCCCCUUUUGGCUCUUUGUUGAGAAAACAAGCAUGUCGCAUUUUGAAUAUUUCAAGUUACUUAGCGGUUACUCCUGGCUUCUUUGUAGAUACCGGGAUUUUAAGAAGCAUGUACACGAUCACUAGCCCGCACAUUGCGUCUACGCCAUGCAGCAAGAAUGCGCGGCGAAAUGUAUGUGACUAAUCCAUUUCUUCGACGGUAGGACCAUCGUCGACACCAUCGAGAUCUUCGCCCAAGAAAUCAUCAUCGGCUCCCCCAGCAGCGCCAGCACUACUCUCGUAUGCUCUCUUCAGAAUCGGGUUGGCAAUGCUCUCGACUUCUUUUUGUUUUGAGUCGCACUCUUCUUUCUCCGCAGCGGGAUGAUCUUCUAACCAAUCCAAGCCAUCGUUAAUGGCAGUAUUUAAUUGAUCCUUUUCAUCUUCGGACAAUUUGCCCUCCAAAGAGUCGUUUACCGAGUUUUUCAAGUUGUACAAAUAAGCCUCUAACUCGUUCCUCGCUUGGAUCUUUGCCUUUUCCUUCGCGUCUUCUUCGGCAAAUUCCUCUGCCUCUUGAACCAUUCUCUCAAUUUCCUCAUCGGAGAGUCUUCCUUUUUCGCUCGUAAUUGUAAGCGUUUCCUGCUUUCCUGUACCCUUGUCGUGUGCACCAAUGCUCAAAAUACCAUUGGCAUCGACAUCAAAGCUGACCUCGACUUGCGGAACACCACGAGGGGCCGGAGGAAUACCGGAGAGUUCGAAUUGUCCAAGAAGACGGUUUGAUUUUGUCAUCCCGCGCUCUCCUUCGAAAACUUGGAUAUUGACACCCGGUUGGUUAUCUGCAUAAGUAGAAAAUAUUUGUGACUUCUUCACAGGGAUUGUAGUCCCACGCUUGAUCAAAGUCGUCAUGACUCCACCCGCAGUUUCGAUUCCCAAGGACAAAGGAGCAACAUCCAAUAGAAGUACAUCCUUUGUCGCUUCGGCCGCAUCACCACUCAAGAUUCCACCUUGAACUGCCGCACCGUAGGCCUAAAAAGAAUGAAGAAAAAGAAAAUUGGUAAGCAUCAACUACUACCAUUGCCGUCGGUAGGACAAGGAAAAGGAAGCGCCUCCGAAAUAUUAUGACUGGUAGCAUCAAGAGAGAAAAGAAGGUGGACCCGGUAACUACUCCGGCCUCCUAGUCUCUCGUCAGUAGCCAAGCGUCAUUUGGUAUCGUCACUGGCAAUAUCGUUAUAAUCAAAAUACAAGCACGAGGUAAAAAUGCUUCUUUUACGUACCACCGCUUCAUCGGGAUUGAUAGACUUGUUGAGUUUCUUUCCUCCAAAAAAUUCUGACAACAGGGUUUGAACCUUGGGGAUACGAGUGGAACCACCCACUAAAAUGAUUUGAUCGACUUGGUUUUUGCUCAGUCCGCUGUCUUUCAAUACUUGGGUGACUGGUGUCAGUGUCUUCUUGAACAAAUCGAGGUUCAGUUCCUCGAACUUUGCACGAGAGAGCGUUAGGCUAAAGUCUUCCCCGUUCGACAAGGCCUCACAAUCGAUCAUAGUGCUGGUUUGCGUCGACAGUGUUCGUUUAGCGUUUUCGCAUUGCUUUCGAAGCCGUUGCACGGCACGUUUGUCGUUGGAGAUAUCGAUCCCCGACUUGCGUUUGAAUUGACUGAUGCAAUACUCCAUCAGUCGAUAAUCAAAAUCUUCUCCUCCCAAAUGGGUGUUACCACUCGUGGCAAGGACCUCAAAAACGCCGUUGUCAAUGGACAAAAGUGUCACGUCGAAGGUUCCACCACCCAAAUCAAAGACCAAAAUGUUUUCUUCGUGGUCUUGCUUGUCGAGUCCGUACGCAAUGGCAGCGGCUGUGGGUUCGUUGAUAACACGCUCAAUUUUCAUGCCUGCGAUGGUCCCGGCAUCUUUCGUUGCCUGCCGUUGGGCGUCGUUAAAGUAUGCGGGGACGGUCACUACGGCAUGCUUGACUUCCGUUCCGAGAUAGGCUUCGGCGGUUUCUUUCAUUUUUCGUAGAAUCAUUCCGCUGAUUUCUUCAGGAGUGAAAUCUGACUUUGGGAAUUUAGAACCGAUUUCCUUUGGCAAGCGGACAAUUGGUUUGGCGUUUUUGUCCUUUGCAACCUCGAAAGGAAAAAGCUUCUUGUCUUUUUGCACGGUCGCAUCGUCGUAAUUCCGUCCGAUUAGUCGUUUGACAUCAAAAAAAGUCCCAGUGGGGUUUUGAGAAGCUUGGUUUUUGGCCGCAUCUCCUACCAAGCGGCCCCCACUGGACGAACCAUCCUUGGGGAAGGCAACGUAAGACGGGGUGAUGCGGUUUCCCUGUUCGUUUGCACAAAUAUCUACGCGGUCGUUUCUCCAGACACCGACGCACGAGUAUGUUGUUCCCAAAUCGAUCCCGAUGCAAGGGCCUGAAAUUGAACCAUCACCUCCACCCCUGAGUUUGAUAGCAUCGCAUAACUGAGACUGAACAGCAUCUUGCGUCUCAACAGUCUUGUCACCGAUUUGCUGCUUCGUAGAUGUUGCGCCUAACGCCUUUCCGAAAUGCCGAACGCCAAACAAGGAAGACGACUCAGCGUUAGCCAAUAAGGACGCGAACACAAA